CGUACAUAAAGUUACGUCCCCUGUGUUGCACGACGAAUUAAAGUCCAUUCGAAACACAAAUUAAAUUCAUGUGAAUGCAGGAAGGCAACUGUCAUAGUUUGUAGGUCCAAGCAAUAAAUAUUAGUAAAGUGGGUAAAGGCAGGGCGCUGGUUUUACAGUUUCAUACGCAAAUGUUCUGUCGCGGGCACAAUUGAUUUGGUCAGUUGUAGCCCAUUGUAAAGGGGCACAGGGAAUGAGCCCGUCUUCGUUUGUUACACCUGUUAUGAAAUUAUACAAGAUGCGGAGUGUCAUUCUUUCCACGGGCAUGACGGAAAGUGCUAAAGCCCUUACUGGUCAGACUGUACGGACCGUGGAUCCAAAGGUUGGAUUCUAUGUCCACCAGAGAGAGUUUGCAGUGACAGUACCUGCAGAUGAUUCAGUGUCCAUCCUAGGAUCUGAUGAUGCAACUACAUGUCAUCUAGCAGUGCUGCGACACACAGGGAAUGGGGUUACCUGUGUAGCUCACUUUGAUGAAUUGAACAUUAUGAUGGCAGUAUCUUCAAUGGUGAAUGCUGUGAAAGGCUUUUCGGCAGGCUGCACAGAUGGGUGUUUAGAACUCCACCUCAUUGGCGGGUUCUGUGAUGACAGAAGAAUGUCUAAGAAAAUAAGUCUUCAAAUACUAGAAGCAUUUGGCAAGCAGCAAGAAGAUGUCCAUUUGAAGACUUUCUGUGUAACAGAACUAAAUGAUGUUGUAAAGAAUGGAAUUCACUGGCCAAUCAUUUAUGGGAUAGGUGUAGAUGUGAAAACUGGUGAGAUUUUCAAUGCAUCUUUUCCAGACCGAGGGCCAGAUGAAGUUUUGCGUUCAGUUCGAACUUCUGAAGGCAGACUAAUGGAGAAGAUUUAUGAUUCAGAAAGUCGACAAGUACAGAUUGAACCAUUCUGCUGGUAUCCCUACAGACAUGUCGAAGAACUGUUAGCGCAAAGUGAUGAAGUCCUGUUACAGUGCUUAUCAACAUCUCCACUUGUUGAACCUCCACAUUUUAUUUCUCAUAUUAAAAAGAUGUUAAUGUUUUUGAGAGACCAUCCUUGUCCAUCUGUUUUCUUUCCCGAAGGGAAGCCUAGAGUAUACAAACGGAAUUCUGAAGGAUUGUGGGACAGAGUAUACAGCUGAGCAGUAUUUCUUUGUACACAACAGUGCUAUGGACCUUUGACUUUAGUUUCACUUAAAGAACUGUAUUCCUGAGGGGAUAAGGAAGAAGUAAUAUGGCCACUGUCCUGUUUAAUGCCAUUUUAUUAUACAGUUCCUUCAUGUUGUUAACUUGUUUUUCUGUAUCACUGAAAAAUGUUAUUUUAUGAAGUAAUAUGUGAUCUUUGACUCUGUUGAAGGUCUUCUUACUAUCGCUUUCAUAUGUUUUACCUGUUCUCAGUAGUAAACAUGAAGCUGCUACAGUAAUAAUUCUCCUAAGGUAAUGUUUUAUGUUGAGGUUUGCACAUGACAAGUGUCUUGCCUUUAGUUUGCAGCCCUUUUCUUACAGCGCUGCUUUGUCAUAUUACUCACCAUUUACCAGUCACUGCUCCUUCAUCUUUUCUUGCUCCUUACUUACUGCUCAUCUCUUACACACUCCACCAUGGUUACUUUUUAUAGCUAUGUUGUUGACCUCCUAUUAUUUUACAACUCGCGCAUCUUUCGUUGUUUUUAUUCCAACUGUAGUUGUAUGGCAUAAGAUUCUGUGAUCUUUAUUGGCAGUGGUGUUUCAUUCCCCCAACUGGCAAUUUUUUUUUACUGAUGUCCUGGCUGGGCUAGUCAUCUCUGCACAUUCCCUACCACUUACAUGUGACCUCCUAUUUGCAGGUCUCCCUUGAUGCAAAGGUCCAGUGCAUACAUCCCCCAAAGAAUGGAGGGCUGCCAUAACUUCCCAUACCUAUGUAGUCCUCUGCUUCUUAGGUGUGUUCUUGAAGUGAGUUCACAGGUACUUUGAAGACUGCUUCUUCGCAACCAUGCCAACUGAUGCCAUGAUAUCUUCAUUGUGACCACUCCCUUUUUACAAGUAGUAAACUUUGUAAAAAUCUGAGGCAUUAGCUACUCAGUUUCAUUUCAUGCCAUAUAACUGAAAUCCCUGCCCUAAAUUAUGAGAAUAAUGCUAAAAAAAUAGUAAGAUAUUGCUAGAAUCCGGGAUGUUAAUUAUUACUUGCAUAAGCAUUGAGCUGCCUGUUGGUCCAGUUUUGUGAGGUUUCAGCCAGCAACUUGUAGUUUAUUGGUCGUUUUGGGCCAG